GUGUGGCAGAUCCCCGAUGGCGGACUAUCGAGGACCCUCACGGACCCCGUGGUUGACCUGGUGUACCACCAGCGCCGCGUGGGGCUCGUGCUAUGGCACCCCACCGCUCAGAACGUGCUGCUCACAGCGGGCUCGGAUAACCAGAUAGCGAUCUGGAACGUGGGCACCGGCGAGGUGCUGCUGUCGCUGGACUGCCACCCCGACCUCAUCUACUCGGCCUGCUGGAACUGGUCCGGCUCCAAGCUGCUCACCACCUGCCGCGACAAGAAGAUCAGAAUCAUCGACCCGCGCAAAGGCGAGGUGGAGUCAGAAGCCAUCGCGCACGAGGGCAGCAAGGCCUCAAGGGCUAUAUUCCUCAAGCACGGCCUCGUAUUCACCACUGGUUUCAGCCGAAUGUCCGAGCGUCAGUAUACGCUGCGCACGCCAGACGCAUUAUCGGAACCGAUCGUGACGGUGGAGAUCGAUACAAGCAACGGAGUGAUGUUCCCGCUCUACGACCCCGAUACCAACCUCAUCUACCUCUGCGGCAAGGGCGACUCCGUCAUCCGCUACUUCGAGGUUACACCCGAGCCCCCAUUCGUCCACUACAUCAACACCUUCCAAACGCCAGACCCACAGCGAGGUAUCGGUAUGAUGCCGAAGAGAGGGUGCGACGUGGCCACGUGUGAAAUCGCCAAGUUCUAUAGGCUAAACAAUUCUGGACUCUGUCAGGUGGUGUCAAUGACGGUGCCUCGCAAGUCGGAGCUCUUCCAAGAAGACUUGUACCCUGACACGCUGAGUGAUGAAGCCAGCCUGACCGCCGACGAGUGGCUCGCGGGGGAGGACGCCGAGCCCGCCACCAUGUCGCUAAAGGGCGGCUACGUGUCGGGCCGCGCCGCAACGCAGCUGCACGUCACCAAGAAGAACGCGCUCGCUGCCGGCAAGGAGAGGUCACCCACGCCGGCUUCCAAGCACGACCAGGCCGCUACGCCGCCGCCUGCCACACCAGUUACACAGCAGAUUGAGAAGCAGCUGUCCGACCUGGUGGACGAGAUCCGCAAGCUGAAGUCAGUCAUCGUGAAGCAAGAGAACCGCAUCCGCGCGCUCGAGGCCGCCGCCAAGGCCCCGCCCUCGCCGCAGCCAUCGCCCCAGCCCACGCCCACGCCGCAGCCCACGCCAGACAACCACCACGAUGACGCCAUGGCGCCCGACGAGGUUUGAGAGCAGGCGUAGGCGACCAACACCAUGCUUCUCGUCAACAGGAUCAUGCUCAGGUGAAUGUUACACAGCCAGGUAUAGGGAACGAUCUCCGAAAAAUUGUUCAGUGAAGAUUCAAUAGAAACAUAAAAAUUACACACGGAAUUAUACUAAGUCGACGAAAAUGAAGUAUACUCUGCACAAUGUAACUUGAAUAGAAUAACGUAAAAUCAGAGAAAUGUCAGUUUUGAAUUUGAUACAGUAUACGGGACUGCAUGACAAUGUACUAAAUAUUAAUUGGUAAAAAACUGACAUAUUUAAAAAUUAUCCGUUUUCGAUGUUACAUUCUAAACACAGUUAGAUUCACCAGAGUAUCUUAGCAUGUAUUUUUAUAAGAAUACCUCUAGCUGCUCGUACGAAUAUUUUCGCCCUUGUCAUAAAGGUUUGACAGCUGCCAUUGGUGAACAUGAAAUAUGACAGAAUAUACCGUUAAAUGCCCAGAAAUUGGUAAUGUACUUGACAGCACUAUUAUAGUCAAUGACUGUCAAAAUUAUUGCCAAGCUAUGACGUCACUUUUUCGUCAUUGACCAUUUAUUGAUUUCAAAUCCGCUUAAAACUUAUUUUAUUGAUAAUUUUA